UUAAUGCAUGUAACUUCAAAGAACAAAAACCUCAUUUCCUCAAAAAAAAAAAAAAGAACUCAUCAAUAAUUGUAUAUAUGUUAUUGUGAAGAGUUUAUAAUGGCCCAAGAAAAUCACCAUAUCAACUCUCAAGAAAUUGAUCAAGAGGUUCAGCAACUUCUUAAUUCUCUCCCUAAAGCAAAGGGAUGGGUGACUGCUGGUUUAAGUCUAUAUCACAAUUUUUGGUGCCCAUCAGCAAUUCUUGGUAACGUAAUAUCCUUCGAAAGGUAUUUUCAGGCUCAAGAUCAGGACACUAUACUUGCUUCCAUGCCGAAAACCGGAACAACUUGGCUCAAAUCUUUGAUCUUUUCCGUUGUUAAUCGUUCGCGAUAUUCUUUUUCAAAUACUCCCUUACUCACUUCAAGUCCCCAUGAGCUUGUUCCCUAUUUCGAGUUCAAUGUAUUUGCUAAUAAAGAUCGUCUUCCUUCCGAUCUUUCGACAGUUCCGCCUCCUAGACUUUUUGCUACACAUAUACCAUAUCCAGCUUUACCUGAAACAAUAAAAAACACAAGUAAUUGUCGCGUUGUUUACGUUUGUCGUAACCCUUUUGAUACUGUAGUUUCUUCUUGGCAUUUUUUCUCUCAAUUAAUGAUUGAAGAAGGUAAGGCUAAUACCUCAUUGUCCAUUGAUGAAUUAUUUGACCUAUUUUUCAAGGGUUUAUGUGCAUUUGGACCCUUUUGGGAUCAUGUGCUUGCAUACUGGAAGGAGAGUUUGGAGAACCCUGAAAAAGUGUUGUUUUUGAAGUACGAAGAUUUGAAAGAGGACGCGGUCUCUCAUUUGAAGAGGUUGGCUGAGUUUUUAGGGCAUCCGUUUUCGCCGGAGGAAGAGAGACAAGGAGUGAUUGAGGAGAUAGUUAGGGUUUGCAGUUUAAAGAAUUUGAAGGAUUUAGAGGUGAACAAAAAUGGUAAAUUUAUGCCAAGUUUCCCCAAUAAGUGCUUCUUCAGGAAAGGGGAGGUCGGUGAAUGGGUAAAUUAUCUCACAAUUGACAAGAAAAAACUUCUUGAAAAUGUUAUGCUUGAAAAGUUCAGAGGUUCAGGUCUUUCUUUCAAAUGUAUUUAAUUUUUUUUUUCUUUCUCUAAUUUAGGUUUCUCAAUUAAGAUACACAAAAAAUAAAAGAACUUCUUUAGCUAA